AUUAGAUACGAAGCGAGUAGUUUCGCAAAUGCAAAAUUUAAAAAUUCAAAAACACGUGCAAAAUUGAACCACCGAAACCGUCGAACUUCUUGGAACGAUAAGCAUCGAAAUUCUCAGUACUCCGUCCGGGCACUUUCCUGGAAACGGACGAGGCCCCAUUUCCCUUUAUUUCGCUGUGCUCGUCUGACUGCAGUCGACGCAACCCGCUAUGCUUCUUCGAGUGACGGGUCAGUAAGCCACGAAUACACGGUGACGAUGGGUGAUGAUGCGGACAAUCUCACCGGCGAGUGUCGACGUACCCUGCGACUCCUGGAGAUGCUGCAACGUACGCACUACGAGCUCGUGCAGGAGAACGGCCAACGGCGACUAACGGCACCGGAGGUGGCGCGCGGUCAGCGUCAACGCUGCAAGGGCGCAGAGGUGUUCCUGGGCCGGUUGCCGCGCGACUGCUACGAGGAUGAGCUGAUGCCGGUGCUGGAGAAGGUCGGCCGGCUGCUGGAGCUGCGGCUGAUGCUGGACUUCUCCGGGUCGACGCGCGGCUACGCGUUCGCUCUGUACGAGGAGCCGAGGAUCGCGCGGAAGGCCUGCUCGGUCCUCGACGGCCACGAACUCCGGCCGGGGCAUCGCAUCGGCGUGGUCAAGUCCAUGGAUAACUGCCGGCUCUUCUUCGGCGGCGUGCCCAAGACUAAGAGCAAGGAGGAGUUCAUGUCGGAACUGACCAAGAUCUUGGACGGCAUCGUCGACAUCUACCUGUACCCGAGCGCGCACGAUCGCAGCCUCAACCGCGGCUUCAUCUUUGUCGAGUUCAAGGACCACCGGGCGGCCGCCAUGGCCCGGCGUAAGCUGAUACCGGGAAAGGUGAUGCUGUGGGACCACGAGAUCGCCGUCGACUGGGCGGACCCGGAGCCCGGCGACCCCAUCGACGAGGACAUCAUGAAAACGGUGACGGCCCUGUUCGUGAGGAAUCUCACGCUUGAAAUGUCGCAGCAAAAGGUGAGGGAGAUUUUUCACAGGCACACGAAUGUGCCAAUACUGAAGCUUAAGAAGAUCAAUCACUUCGCCUUUAUUCACUACGAGAAUCGCGAAGCCGCGCAGACCGUAAUGGACAUAAUGCAGAAGCCGAACAGCGUGGUCGAGAAAGAAGGCUGGGAGGUGCGCUGGGCGAAGCCUAUCGGAGCAUCUAAGCUUAUAGAUAGGCAAAAGCACAUUCGCGAGGCCGUGGCCAAUUCGAGCGUAUCAAGUGAGGUGAAAUCGCAUCUCAGGCAGGCUCAGUGCAAGAAGAGCGGGGCGAAGGCGCAUGCAAAGGUGAACGAAGACGAAGGGGUUCAUCUGGUGCAGAUGAAAAUCUUGCAAAACCUCAUCAGGGAACGGUACAACGCGGUGUGCGUCUUCAACUGCGUGCCGAUACAGAACGCGACGAAAUAUAUGGUCAAAAUAACCACCUACAAGGAGCAGACGAUGCUAUUCGAGUUUCAAGGGGAGCCGAUGACGACGAAGCACAAAGCUAUCAGCGCGGCGUCAGUGAAAAUGUACCACUACUUGACGGGCACAAAUGGCGGUAUUUUCCGAGCGGAGCAACCGUCCGACCAUUACAUCCAGCCAACAAUGGGCGUUAAUCCUAUGAUUGCUGUGCCGAUUACUUGGUAGCCGGGAAUAGUGCAAAAUUAAAUUUACGACCAGAUUUGCGGUCGUUCGUAUUUACUUCCUUUUUUAAUCAGCCAUCGCUGGCGCGUGUAAAACCUGCCGGUGUGGUCGCACGCGAAGGCUCGAAUGUGCUUCCCUAUUGCUAUUGUUUGAUUUUUAACUGAAUUGAAUUAAUUAGUGAUUAUUAGUUGUAUUUUAAUGAAAUCUUUCGGGGUUAAGAAACUGAUUUUAAACUUCGACUCAGUGACAAUGACAAAUUUCGAACAGGUGCCAAAGAUGUAUUUAACAUUGAUUUAUUCAACUUUGAACUUAUAAAAAAAAACAAAAUUGUAACAUUCGAUGAAAUUUUUAAUCUAUAUGAGAAAUGCCAUUCAAACACACGAUAUUUACGAUCAUUUGCGUCGAUGAUUGCUUUGAAACAUUUAUUGAUACUAUGAGUUCUCUAUGUUUCGGAGAUAUUUCUAUUUAUAUAUGAUGAUAUUAACUUAAUAGAAAGUCUGAUACUUGUCAGUUUCAUGCACACUGAAAGAUUUUGUAAAACUUUUCGUUUGUUACCGUCAAUGGACGAUCAAAGUGUUUGUGUUGCGAAUUGUUAUUUUAUUUAAAUUAAUGUGUAUUUAACGGAUACGUUUAUCACAAGUGAUAUGCGCUUUUAGAGAUGUUCUUUCAUGUACGAGCAGCAAUAAGAUUAAAUUUCAACGUUUGAUUUAAAUGAAGUAACGACUGCGGAAUUUUCGUUCUAACUGUGAAACGUACGAAUAGCGCGCUACUUUGUACUAAUCGAAUUGUAUCACGUUCGUUUUGUAAAUUUCCAUAUAUAAUCGUUAACGUAUAAACAAUUGAUAUUAAACAAGUUAUUUUCAUGAAAUUUUAUAAUCUCGACUUUUAUCUUCUUUCCACCUCAGCCGUAUUUUGUAGGAAAACUCAAGUUGUGCAUGAAAUACAUUUAAAUGAUUCUCUUUUAUUUAUCUAUCGAAAGUUCCUACAUAGAAGUGUCGAUUAAGCCGAUUAAGGAUUAGUUACAGCCUAUUAAUACCCAUUAGUAUUUUCAUCGAAUUGUUAUCAAACUUAUUUCACUUUACAACCUCCUUUACAGUGGAAUAACUUUCGAUCCAGGCUCUGAAUUAUCGUCAAACUUUUGUCAAACUGUUGUCACAUUUAAAUGCAAUAAUAGAUCAAUUUGCAAUUUCUUCAUGAUUAUUUCAUUAUUUUGAGUUAUGUGCAAUACAUCCUCAAGUUCUGCGAGAGUUUCGGUAUCAUAAAUUAAUCUAAUAAGGCGACAUGUCUCGAGGUUACCUGAAGAGAAGUCCCUGAGAAGGUGUAGCCAGAGC